AUGGACUUAGAGGAUGGACCAAUGUGUUUGAUGACAGGCCAAGUGGUUUCACUAACAGAGAAAAAGCUAGCAGGCAUGAAGGAGAACCAAUUUGUUUAUACCAGUAAGCAAUCUCUAGAGAAUGCAAUUUCUUAUGAUUGGGAAGGCAAACGAGGCUUACUAUUUUUCAAUGCAGGUUUUUUCGAUACAAAUUCUAAAAAUUCAAAGGAAUAUCUUCAGAAUGAAGUGGCCAAGUGUGUCGAUCUGGCAAAGGAUGGAGUGCAUGGAGUUCUUUACGUGGUAUCUGUGAAAAACCGCUUUACUGAAGAAGAAGCUGGUCUUUUGAAUAGCUUGCAAUUUUUGUUUGGACCCGAAAUCGUCAAGUACGUGGUAGUUGUCUUUACUGGUGGCGAUGAAUUGGAAAACGAUUGCUCCUCAUUAGAUGAAUACUUGAACGACUGCCAACCACAGCUCGAGGAUGUUCUACGUCGAUGUGACAACAGAAAAGUCCUUUUCAUUAAUAAGACCACGUCACAAUCAAAGAAGGAAGAUCAACGAAAUGAAUUAAUGAAGCAAAUAGACAAUAUAAUUUCUAAGAAUGGAGGCAAGCCUUACAGCAAUGAGCUACUACGUCAAGCUCAGGAAAAUUCAGAAAAGUUAGUUUGUCGACAGACACGCUGUGCUCUUUCGGGAAACACCGUUGGUGAAGAAGAAAUGCAAAAAUUUAGUGAAGACAACAUCAAAUAUAUAAAUGCAUUGUUUAAAGAGAAGCUGCAAACAACAAUAAAAACCUAUGAAGAGAGGUUCGUUCUUGAGCGGAAAGCACGAAAAGAAGCUGAGGAAAUGGCACAAGAAGCAUUACAGUUGACAGAAGAAGUGAUGAAGACUAAAAAGAUGUGUCCUACCUCUAAUGGUAUGAAUAUGAAUAUGAAUAUGAAAUGGGUGUGUGAGCAGAUGUCCCGUUGCACAAUUUCCUAAUUGAAACCAUAAGUAACAUUGUCUUAUGCCAAAAUCAACCCGUGUCAUUUAAAAGACAGAUUAUCUUCUGGAUAUUUAUAUAGCCUUGCAACAUAAAUAGUGCGUACUUAGUUUGCUUCUAUCAAGCAUCUGAACAUUUUAUAUUACUAUUAUAAGAAUAAAACAUGUCCCGUAAUAUAAGCUAGACAUUAUAUAUA